AUGGCGAAGCAACUUUUUGAGACAUUUGACGGAGGUGAUGUGACCGAUACUAUUUUGAAAGAAGCAGCCAGCCUCUUCAACGAGCAGUACGGAAUAUGGGGGCCAGGCCCUGCGAACUCUGAACCCGUCCCAAAGCAAGGGAGUCGUGUGAAGCUCAGCAAAGACCACCUACGAGCCCAAUAUCUACCUAACAAUGUAGAUUGCUUCUACGUGAGAGUUACGAUCGACGACAAACUGGCAGGGAACGUGUUUGCCUGUCGGUGGAGAGCCAAGGAUAGAACAGUAUGCUGGAUUACUCAACUUGUCGUACACGGUGACUAUCGGGAACGCGGACUUGCGACCUUCCUGUUGAAUGGUCUUCGACGUGACGGCGAUGCUAUCUAUGGCCUCAUGAGCUCCCACCCUGCCGCCUCUCUUGCCGCCGCAAGAUCCUUCGGACAUGGUAUCAACUCGGUUCCCACAAGCUUCAUUCGUGAUAACGCAAAACGUGUCAUGGAACAAUCGCCCACUGACUGCGUUAGAUAUGGUGAGCUUGAUGGCAACCUUUUUGAUGCUACUGAUACAAGUGGGGUUGUUUCGUCCGUUUGUACCAAUUUCUUCGUCGAUCCUACUCAGCCGCUUGAGGCACUGGGAUGGGUGCGAAAAAGAGCUGGAUUGGCCUUUUGGUGA